CAGGAGCCGCGGGGAUCCCGGGAGGCGGAGCGCGCGGGAAGACUGGGCGGCCCGGGCUGGGGCACCGCCCCUGCGGCUCCGCGCACUCCCGGAAGCCAAGCGGGUCGAGUGGAGCGGGGCAGGCGUGGGAACCCAGGCCGGGCGGAGCCGCCAGGAGCCGAGAUGGCAGCUAGGCCAAAUGGGCCAGAGGAGUGGGUGGGCAGUGCAUACCUGUUUGUGGAGUCCUCGCUGGACACCGUGGUCCUGUCAGAAGCCUAUGUGCGCCCCCAGCAGAAGGUGGCUGUGUACGGGGCCCUGCGGACUGCAUUGGCAGAGAGCAGCGGGAGCCCGGAUGUGCUGCAGAUGCUUAAAAUCCACCGUAGCGACCCGCAGCUGAUCGUGCAGUUGCGUUUCUGCGGGCGCCAGCCCUGUUGCCGCUUCGUUAACGCAUACCGCGAGGGGGCGCUGCGCGCCGAGCUGCAGAGGCGCCUGGCGGCGGCGCUCGCCCUGGACUGGCUGCCUUUGCAGCUGGAGCUGCGCGCCGGCGCCGAGCGGCUGGACGCUGUGCUGCCGGACGAGGAACGCUGCCUGAACUGCAUCUUGGCCCAGAAGCCCGAUCGGCUCCGUGACGAGGAACUCGCUGAGCUGGAGGAUGCUUUCCGGGGCCUGACGUGCGGCCCGGGGGGCCAGGGUGGCGAUGUGGAAGUCCCUCCGGCGCCCUCUCCGUCCCUGGUCCCUUCGCAGCCUCCAGCCUCCUCCCGGUCGGAGAAGCCGUCGCCGUCAUCCGGCCAGACUUUUCUAUUCCAGGGUCAGCCCGUAGUCAACAGGCCGCUGAACCUGCAGGACCAGCAGACGUUCGCGCGUUCAGUGGGCCUCAAAUGGCGCAAGGUGGGGCGCUCGCUGCAGCGCGGCUGCCGGGCGCUGCGGGACCCGGCGCUCGACUCCCUGGCCUACGAGUACGAGCGCGAGGGGCUGUACGAACAGGCCUUCCAGCUGCUGCGGCGCUUUGUCCAGGCCGAGGGCCGCCGUGCCACCCUGCAGCGCCUGGUGGAGGCGCUGGAGGAGAACGAGCUCACCAGUCUGGCGGAGGACCUGCUGGGCCUGGCGGGUCCCGAUGGCAGUCUGGCCUAGGCCGGGUACCGGUGCCAUCGAAAGGGGCGGUCUGCCAGGCUGGGCUUGGAGCACCUUAGUGCCUCCAGGGCCCCUUCGAUUACUGCUGCUGACUCCCUGUUCACCCAGGGGACUCUGAGACCACACUUUCAACCCCAUUUUGACUAUUGGCUGUAGCUUCUGGGGCAGAGUUGACAGCCUUCUGGGACAAGGACCCACCAAGCCUGCUGGAACAGCACCAUUAGAGUUCCCAUGGGUGUGGGUGACUUGCUUCAGGGGUCUGCCUCACCCCCCCCCCCCCAACACACACUUGUUGAACAAUUACUUCUGGCCAGCUCAUCAGUCAUUGAACAGUGAAUCACUGGUCACCUGUGUGUCCUGGGCAUCAUCCUGGGGCCACAAAUAUUGUGGUGAGCAAGAUACACAAACCCCAUCCACCCCCAGCUUCAGCAACAGUAAUAAAAUGUAACCUGUUUUGUUUUAAA